GUGCAGAUAGAAAUGCCAUGAAUAGGGCUGACGUUAUUCCUUAUUCUACAUGUCAGAGCACAGGAGGUGGGUGGCACAUUAAUUGGUGAGGAUGGGCUCGUGGUAAUGGCUGGUGCGGGAAUCAGUGGAAUGGUAUCAAACACAUGGUUAUGAGCUGUUCUCCCCUCUGCAGCCUCCUGUGUGUCAGAGCCGUGUUUGGCCUACCUGGCAUAUUUUAAUGUUCCAAAACGUUUGGUCCUGCCGAAUGCUCCCCUGUUCUAUUGAUACAAAUAUUUGAAUCGUUGGUUUAGUGUUCUAUCAUGUAGAGAAUUAGGUUUUAUAGAAAUGCAGCCGUGCUCAUUGUAUUAUUACGUUUCAGGAUUGGUUGAUGCACACACCCGGCACGGUAUGGGCUGGAGACAGGGUUCAUAAAUUUGCCAUGAAGGUAAAUAUGACUUCCAUGGGUCCUGUCCCCUCUGCCUCAACAGCUUGUAAUAUGACUCACCUUAUAGAGUAAAAGUAAAGGUUUAUAUGGCAUUUACACAAGCAGCCCAAUUUAUAUUUUUUCCACAAAUUGGUCUUUUGACCAAUUGCAUCAGAUCAUUUCACACGAGAUCUGUUUCAGAGGUGAUCAGAUUUUUUUAAAGACCAAUUAGUGAAAAAAGAUCAGAAUUGGGCUGCCUGUCAAAACGAAGCCUAGGUAAUGCUGUGAGUGCCGACAGUUGGCUGGUGCCACUUACAUGGAUGUGCACCGUGCCGGAGGAGGGAUCCACUUCACAGUGGAGCACACCCGGGCUGCUCUUCCCUCCACCCUGCUGGCCUCUUUGACAGGCAGGCUGGGUCGGAUGCAGCGGGCAGGCACCACCCUGGUGGAGUGUAACAGUGGCUACGGCCUGGAGCUGCAGACAGAGCUGAAGAUGCUGGAGGUCAUCGAGACGGCCAGACGUACCCUGCCAAUCAAUAUAUUGUCUACCUACUGUGCAGCACACGCCGUCCCUAAGGGUAAGACUGUUGCCGAGGCGACAGCAGACAUCCUUCAGGUCCAGUUGCCGCGUAUGUCAGCGGGGGCCCUGAGGGUGGACAACAUAGAUGUGUCCUGUGAGCAGGGUGUGUUUGACAUGUCCUCCACGCGCUCCAUCCUGCAGGCCGGCCUGGACAUGGGCCUCAGCAUCAACUUCCACGGAGAUGAGCUGCACCCCAUGAACUCUGCACAGCUGGGGGCAGAGCUCGGUGCCUUGGCUAUCAGUCACCUGGGGGAUGUGACAGAUGAUGGCAUUGCUGCCAUGGCGACAGCUAAGACCGCCGCCAUCCUGCUCCCAACCACCACUUACAUCCUGCGGUUACUAUAGCCGCGGGCCUGAGACAUGCUGGAGGCUCGGGUCAUUGUUGCCCUGGGCAGUGACUUCAACCCUAAUGCCUA